CUGGAGUUGGAGUACAAUCUCCUUAAGAGCAAAACUCACCAACCCAGCCAGGCCCUGGGGAGCACCUGGCACGGAUAGGCAUCCAAACCUUACUGUGGGAUGAAUGGGUGUUGAGUGAGUGAGCCGUGUGUGUGUGUGUGUGUGUGUGUGUGUGUGUGUGUGUGUGCACGCUCGGAAGGCCAGGCAAGCGUGGACCACUGUGACUGGGGACUCUCCUAUUACGACAAAGCUAGGGACCCGGCGGGCCUUACAAUAUACUGGGAGAACUUCUGGCGGGACUUGAGUGUCGCAGCGUUGCUCCGGGCCCGGGCUCCCCGCGUCCCGCCUCUCUUGGCCAACGUGGCUGCUGCGCGGCGCGGGAGGCAGGGAGGGGCGCAGCCGGGCGGGCCGGAAAGUUUGUCGGCGGCAGCCUCGGAGGGGACUCGGUGGGGGAGGGGAUGCACGCCGGGCCCCCAGCGCCCCCAGCACGCCCGCCCGCGGAGCCCGGCUCGCCAUGGGCUGUCCUCCACCUGUGCUGCCCCUGUGUGCCUCUGUGUCUUUGUUGGGUGGCCUGACCUUUGGCUAUGAACUGGCAGUCAUAUCAGGUGCCCUAUGGCCACUGCAGCUUGACUUUGGGCUGAGCUGCGCACAGCAGGAACUCCUGGUGGGCAGCCUGCUCCUGGGGGGGCUCCUCGCCUCCCUGGGGGGUGGCUUCCUUAUUGACCGCUAUGGCAGGAAGCGAACCAUCCUGGGGAGCAACCUGGUGCUAGUGGCGGGCAGCCUGAGCCUGGGCCUGGCUGGUUCCCUUCCCUGGCUGGUCCUGGGCCGCUCGGCUGUUGGCUUCGCCAUCUCACUCUCCUCCAUGGCCUGCUGUAUCUACGUGUCAGAGCUAGUGCGACCUCGGCAGCGGGGAGUGCUGGUGUCCCUCUAUGAGGCAGGGAUCACUGUGGGCAUCCUGCUCUCGUAUGCCCUCAACUAUGCCCUGGCCAGCGCCCCCUGGGGGUGGAGGCACAUGUUCGGCUGGGCUGCAGCGCCUGCUCUCCUUCAAUCUCUCAGCCUCCUCUUCCUCCCAGCUGGUACAGAGGAGCCCGCAGUGUAUAAGGACAUCAUUCCACUACAGGGAGGUGAGGCCACCAAGCUAGGCAUGGGGAGGCCACGCUACACCUUUCUGGACCUCUUCAGGGCCCGGGAUAACAUGCGAGGCCGGACCACAGUGGGGCUGGGGUUGGUGCUUUUCCAGCAGCUAACAGGGCAGCCCAAUGUGCUGUGCUACGCUUCCACCAUCUUCCACUCAGUCGGCUUCCGUGAAGGGUCCUCCGCUGUGCUGGCCUCCGUAGGGCUGGGUGUGGUGAAGGUGGCAGCUACCCUGACCGCCAUGGGGCUGGUGGACCAUGCUGGCCGCAGAGUCCUACUGCUUGCUGGUUGUGCCCUCAUGGCCCUGACGGUCAGUGGCAUAGGCCUUGUCAGCUUUGUGGUGCCCAUGGACUCCGGCCCCAGCUGCCUGGCCAUGCCCAACACCACCCAGAAGACAAGCCUCCCCGGAGGCUCUGGACUGCUAAAGGACCCAUCUCUACCUCCUACGCCAAGAACCAGAGGGGACCAGUGGGAGCCAAUCUUGUCAACCGCUAAGCAAACCAAGUUCCAUCCAGGACCCAGAGCUGCCACAGCUACUCCCCUGACAGCCCUGGGCACCACCUCUUUGGGGCUCCCUGAUCCCACCCCAGAACACACACUGCUGCGCUGGACAGCACUGAUCUGCCUGAUGGCCUUUGUGAGCGCCUUCUCCUUUGGCUUUGGACCAGUGACCUGGCUCGUCCUCAGUGAGAUCUACCCUGGGGAAGUCCGCGGGAGAGCCUUCGCCUUCUGCAACAGCUUCAACUGGGCCGCCAACCUCUUCAUCAGCCUCUCCUUCCUCGACCUCAUUGGUGCCAUUGGCUUGUCCUGGAUCUUCCUGCUUUAUGGACUGACCGCUGUCCUUGGUCUUGGCUUCAUCUACUUUUUUGUUCCUGAAACAAAAGGCCAGUCGCUGGCGGAGAUAGACCGGCAGUUCCAGAGCGGUCGGUUCAUCCUGAGCUUUGGCUGCAGGCAGAACUCAGCAGGCAUCCAGUACAGUCGCAUCAAGGUCUCCACGGCCUCCUGAGGAGUCCACCCACCCGGAAGAGGCAGGCACGUCAGUGUCUGCAGACCAACUCCAGCUUCCUGACUGCUGGGCCUGCAGCACGAGGUCCAGGAGGCCCUUUGGGAGUGACCCCUGCCCCAAAGGAGGGCUCUGUAUUGGGUUCAGAGAUGAAAGUCUGAGAGGCCUGAACUCUCCUUAAGUGUGAGGCUCAGAGGGCCCUUGAGGACCUGUCUUCGUGCCUCAUUUUCCCCACUGACUUUGCAGGGGUUUUUUGUUGUUGUUGUUGUUGUUGUUUUUGGUACCGGGGAUGGAACUCAGGUCCUUCCACUUGCAAGGCAGGUGGCGGAAUGCAGUAUUUUUAAUGAGAAUAUUAUACAGUCUUCCUUGGACUUUCUGGACUUUUUUGGACCCUGGACUUUCUCAAGUAAUCUUUGGGGUACCAAUCCUGGCAGGAAGUGUCUCCUAGAAUCCCCCCUAAAUCCACUGUGGAUAUCAUAUUCUCUGCUGUCUUUUUCCAUCUGGCAGGGAGUUUUUAGUCAGAGAGAAUCCUGCUUCUGGGAUCUUAGCUCUCAGUCUUGCUCAUCUCUAAUUCUCUUGCCAAAGAUAUUUAUCAUUUACUUGAAACUGACUGCUUGGCAGGCCCUGGAUUCUAAUCCUGGUUCUGCUGGUAACAUUCUUCUAUGAGCCUGGGCCUCAGUUUCCCCAAUACGUGCAAUGGGAGGCUUGAACUAGGCUGUCCUUGAGACCUCUUCUGACCCCAGUGGGCUGGAAUCCUAAAAGCUGGUGACACAACAGACACUCAAGUGGGGCCCUUCUCACCCUCCGGUUGCUAGCAUCGCUUUGGAGGAUUCAAGUUUUCAUUUGAAGGAAAGGAGAAUAGUAUUCCAGAGCUGUGCACACUAAGAUCCAAGGCAUGUGACAGAUGCCAGAGUCCUCUGCCAGGAGGCUUUGCCGGAAGGAGGUGUUUGAAGGUCGCACACCUUGGGGUCAGUGUGGCCUCUGCUAACAGACCUCUCAGCUUCUAUUUCCUCAUUUGCAAAAUGGGAACAGUUGUGCCCCGAUGGUGUAUUUAACCCCUGUGUCCCUUGGCCCGUGACUGCUCCUCUCUGUUUCUGGAGACUUCUUUAUCCAGGGAUGUGCUGGAGCUGGCUUGUGAGGGCUGAUUAUUAAACUGGUUGUUAAACACAGCUGUUACUAAAAAUACAUUAUUUGAACUUAUAAUUAAAUGCAUUGUAUAAAAGACAAAGGUAAUGAAUACUCAACACUCACUGACUCCAAAUUAUCUUAAUACACUUUUCUGUUAUCUGUUUUCAGCUGGCCCCAGAAGUGUGCUUGCAUCACACAGGUUAGGGAAUGCUACAAAUCAGGGCUUGAUUUUUUGGGGGGGAUCGAACUCGUGUCCUUGUGCUUUCGCAGCAGGCAGCGAAACCACUGAGCUAAAAUCCCCAGCCCACGGCUUGAUUUAUUGUUUUGUUGACUUUCCAGAGCUAACAACUGCUGGACCAAAUGUUAGUAAUGCGAAUUAAACUUAAAAGUGUGCCAUGUUUGUAGCUGAUACAUUGUAAGUAGAAAAAAAAAAAACUAAAGGAAUAUUUUUCCACUGUUCCUAAACUAUUGUCCAGUUUAGCAGACCCUGUGCUCACCUCAUCGGUGAAGGAAUUCUGAAACACUGUAUACCCUAAUUGCUUUUUUAAACUUUGAAAUUGCAGCACUUGGGCUCGAACCCAGUGAGUGCCGAGCAACAUUCCCAGCCCUUUUUUAGUUUUAAUUUUAAUACCCUGGCCAGCCUUGAACUUGAGACCCUCCUGCCUCCUUCUCCUAAGCAGCUGUGAUUACAGGUGUGUGCUACCACGCCCAGCUUAAUUGCUCUACUCUUCUUGUCUCAUUUAUUAAUGUAAAUAAGGAUUUCAAUCAGCUUUCAUGAUGGGUAAUUAUCAAGCAUUUUUAUUUGUAGUCUAAUUUUGUCACAUCAUGGGUGAAUUGCAGUGAUAGUCGGCUUGGGAUACAAGAGAUUAGCUUAAAAAAUCAACAAAAGGAUUCUGUGAGAAUUAAUUGGCAUCCAAAAUUUGCACAAGAGGAGUUACAAUAAAGAGCGUUUACAAUA